UGUCUCUGCAUAUGUUUUUCCUCUCCUCUCUCCACAGCCGACGCUUGGUGGAGAAAAUAGGGGGAGGGUGGUCUUGCAGUCGAUGUGAGGAACAGGAGUUUAUUGAGAGGAGAGGAGCUGCAACGGGAGGGGAAAACGCAUGCAACUGCUGGGGCUUUUUAUCUUGCGGAUUUUGACCAAAGAAGAAGAAAAAAAAAAAGGAAACAGAAACAAACGAAAACACACCACGCCGGGGUUAAUGUCCGCUUUCUGCUGAGAAACUAUCGCUUGAAUUGUUUAACUUGUUGAUGCGACGGCACUGAACCAUUUCCCUGUGUCUGACCGCAGUGACUGAUAAAUGGGAAUCAAGUAUUCUCCUCCGAGGACUGGGUUUUUCCUAAUUACACGCACCGCGGAUGCAGUAUAAAGAGCAGCAUUUCUUAAGGUGGGUUUUUUUUGCCCCUCUUUUUUUACUUAGAUUUUCAUCGGGGGGGAAAAAAACAAAACAACCUCUCGGCUUAUUGGUGGCUGAGGUUUUCGACAUCCAAUUCCUAUUCUGCUGCAAAGUAGGUUUCCGCUGUGGAUUGUGAUACGAGACUCAACAGUGCUAUGCGCAACACCAGCACAAAUGCCAUUCAUCUCUGAGCCGUAGCACUGUGAUCACCGGAGCAGGGUCCUUUUCAGCACUAGUGUAGGUCAGCAUGGCAGCAGGUGUAGCGGCAUGGCUCCCUUUUGCCCGUGCGGCGGCCAUAGGAUGGAUGCCCGUGGCCAGUACUCCAAUGCCCAUCCCUCCCCAGGACAGGAGAAAACCCCAGGACGGACUCAUCAUCCUCAACGUGAGCGGGACCAGGUUUCAAACGUGGCGGAACACUUUGGAACGGUACCCGGACACUCUGCUGGGCAGCACUGAGAGGGACUUCUUUUUCCACGAGGAGACCAACGAGUACUUUUUCGACCGUGACCCUGACAUCUUUAGACAUAUACUCAAUUUCUACCGCACAGGGAAGCUGCACUACCCGCGCCAAGAGUGCAUAUCCGCAUACGAUGAGGAGCUGGCGUUUUUUGGCAUCAUCCCGGAGAUCAUCGGGGACUGCUGUUAUGAGGAGUACAAGGACCGGAGGCGCGAGAACGCAGAGAGGCUCCAAGACGACGAGGACAUGGACAUGAGUAAUGACGUCACGCCAGUGAACCUGACGUUUCGGGAGUACCUGUGGCGGGCUUUUGAAAAUCCCCACUCCAGCACCUUAGCUCUGGUCUUCUACUAUGUCACAGGAUUCUUCAUUGCCAUAUCAGUCAUGGCCAACGUAGUGGAGACGGUUCCGUGCGGGACGCUGCCCAACAGGUCCAAGGAGAUCUCCUGCGGAGAACGUUACGCACUGGCCUUCUUUUGUUUGGACACCGCGUGCGUCAUGAUCUUCACUGUCGAGUAUCUCCUGCGUCUGAUCGCCGCGCCAAGCCGCUACAAGUUCAUGAAGAGCGUGAUGAGCGUCAUUGACGUGGUCGCCAUCAUGCCUUACUACAUCGGCCUGGUCAUGACUGACAACGACCAGCUGAGCGGCGCUUUUGUCACGCUCAGAGUCUUUCGGGUCUUUCGGAUUUUCAAGUUCUCCCGUCACUCGGCCGGGCUGCGCAUCCUGGGCUACACCCUGAAGAGCUGCGCCUCAGAGCUGGGCUUUCUGCUCUUCUCCCUCACAAUGGCCAUCAUUAUCUUUGCCACGGUCAUGUUUUACGCAGAGAAAGGCUCCCCUGCCAGCAAGUUCACCAGUAUCCCCGCAGCUUUUUGGUACACCAUUGUCACAAUGACCACACUGGGGUACGGUGACAUGGUGCCCAAAACAAUUGUGGGAAAGGUGUUCGGGUCCAUAUGCUCGCUGAGCGGCGUGCUGGUCAUCGCCCUGCCCGUCCCCGUCAUAGUGUCCAACUUCAGCCGCAUCUACCACCAGAGCCAGCGGGCGGAGAAACGACGAGCCCAGAGGAAAACUCGGCUUGCUAGAAUCCGCGCUGCGAAGAUUCGAGGCACUAAUGCUUAUAUGCGCUACAAACAAAAUGGGCUCCUGAUCGACACGCUGAAGGAGGCCUCCAAGGAGGCAGGACGAGCCCUGAUAGGAAAGGCCGCCAACCCUCCCUUUGAGAGCCAACACCAUCACCUUCUGCACUGCCUGGAGAAGACAACGAAUCACGAAUUCGUGGACGAGCAGACGUUCCAGGCCAACUGCAUGGAGAUCUCUGCGGUGCACAAGUCGGGCUCGCGUUCCUCAUCUCUGUCUUCAUCCCCGCACGGCCUCAGCUCCUGCUGUUCUCGACGCCAUAGGAAGAAGAACAGUUUCAGCCUGCCCAGCACAAACAACCAAGAGCUCAGCACCAUACAGAUAAGAGAGAGGCCUGUGGUCAACAGCCGCUCCAGCCUGAAUGCCAAACUGGAUGAGACCAUGCCCCUGAAAUGUGAAGAAGCGUACAUCACCCCCUCCAUGGUCAGCCUCUCAGCCCCAGUGAUGAUCUCAUCAGAUGGGGACGGCUCCACCACCACCACCGCAUACUCUCAGAGCAUCGUCCGAGUAUCUGCCUUGUAGAUGUCACGCUUUUCUUAUCAGCUACCUGGUAUCAAAACGCACCAGACGCUGAGGGAGAGGGACCACCGAGCAUCAACCUGCCAUAAUCUAGAAGGAUUAUAGGAUUAGCAGAGGUUGGGUUUUUUGAAGUAGUGAUCUCAUCUGAUGUCAAACUCUGCAUGGUAUUAAAAUGAUAUGGACGGCUGCCUUGGAACAAAGUUGACCAGCAGAUUUUUUUUCCUGCAUUAAGCACAGCAGAGGAAGGAAACGUCGAGAGUGUAUCAUUGUUGCCUAAACAUAUUGAGAAAAAGUUUAUUUUUGAAUAUGUGUGUAGGUGUAAUUGUCGUCUUCUGAUUCAGAGGAAGAAAAGCUGUCGUUAAAAAGGCCAUUCUUUACAACCUUUAAAAGCAAAGCACACAUUGUCAUUAUCCCAGGGUCAUAUUGUGAAUAUAAGAACAAUCUAUGUGGACAUUUUACUUCAAUCCCCCCCGACCCCCCCUCACAUUUAAAUAGAUUGCUUUGUUUUUUUGAGGAAAAAAAAAAAAAAAGAAAAGAAAGAAAAAAAAAACAAACAACCCCCGAACAAACUGGUUCCCAGUCCUGUCACGUUUGUAAAGUCACAGAACAUGAAUCCACAGGAAUGAAGAACUGUUGUGAAUAUUCAUUAACUGACUCAUUAACUGGUUGAUUUCAUCGCUUGAUGAGUAAAAUAUAUUACGCAUCCUGACAUGUUUGUGAAAUGUGCAAGUGAAAGUCAAAAUGACAAAAAAAAUCUGUGUUAGCUUACAUAUUUGACACUCUGACGCGGCUCGUUGUCGGAGCCAUUGCCAUCGGUUAGCGAGUGAUGUUGAGAAAAUACAGGGUAAAUAUUAGUUAAGGUCACGGGAGAGAGG